AUGGACCAGGACAGGGUGAACAGUAUGGACCAGGACAGGGUGAAAAGUACGGACCAGGACAAGGUGAACAAUAUGGAGGAGGACAGGGUGAACAGUUUACAUAAGGACAGGAUGAACAGUAUGGACCAGGAGAGGUUGAACAAUAUGAAACAGGACAGGGUAAACAGUAUACACCAGGACAGGGUGAACAGUAUGAACCAGGACAGGAUUAACAGUAUGGACCAGGACAGGGUGAACAGUAUGGACCAGGACAGGGUGAACAGUAUUGACCAGGACAGGGUGAACAGUAUGGACCAGGACAGGGUGAACAGUAUGGACAAGGACAAGGUGAACAGUAUAGACCAGGAGAGGGUGAACUGUAUGGACCAGGAUAGGGAGAACAGUAUGGCCCAGGACAGGGUGAAAGGUAUGGACCAGGACAGGGUGAACAGUAUGGACCAGAACAAAAUGAAGAGUAUGGACCAGGACAGGGUGAACUGUAUGGACCAGGACAGGGUGAACAGUAUGGACCAGGACAAGGUGAACAGUAUGGACCAGGAUAGGGUUAACUGUAUGGACCAGGAGAGGGUGAACAGUAUGGACCAGGACAGGGUGAGAAGUAUGUACGAGGACAGGUGA